ACUACUACUAAUCCUACACUGCCUAGUUUUCUACGGUCUAAUUGUCAGUUUGUAGUGUAACAAAUAAACUGGGUUAUGGAGGACUACGGCGACCCAGACGGGUAUUUAGCAUUAUCUAGCGAUCCUAUACGAUUUGAACCCGUCAGCAAAGUCACCAAUGUCUUUUUUGAUGACACGAAUAAAGAGGUUUUGAGUGUGCGUGGAGGUGGUACUCUCGGUGUUGUAGUAAGAGGUGUUGGCAGAGAUCACACCUUCAGAAUGGAAGAUCGUGGCACAAUUUCUUCCCUCAAGUUUUCUCCUGAUCAUAAUGUCUUGGCACUACAAAGGAGCAAGAAUGCUGUGGAGUUGUUAAGCUAUAGUGAUGGUGAAGUUUGUCCAGGGUGUGUGCAGGAAUGCCGAGCCAAAGGUGCCAAUCUUUUGGGUUUCAUAUGGACACACAAGGAUGACUUAGUACUUGUUACAGAUCAUGGGGUGGAGUUUUAUCAGGUUUCUCAACAAGUAUCAAAGGAUAGGGUAAGUGUUCGACAUGUGCGCAGUUAUAACCUUUCGUGUUCUUGGUUUGUUUGGAGUCCAGAGAAUUGUUUAUUAGUACUUUGUACAGGAUCUUCACCCACUACAUCAACUCUUCAGCCAUUUUUCUUCAAACCUGGACAGUCAAAUAAACUCUCUAAAUUUGAAGUGGAAGUCAGUAAUGUGACUGGUGGCCAUUCUCCUGGUGUGGUUUUGGGAGAACGUGAUGUAUGCAUUGGCACAAUUUAUGGUGGUACAUCAAUCAGUAUCCUUCGUCAUCCAUCCACUCCUACUGUUGCAGCGCACCUUGAUGUUUAUACUCAAAUAAAAGAUGGGACCUUCAAACGUUCAUACAUAUGUCGCUUGGAACUCACUGGCAGAUUUGCUGUCAACAUUGUUGACAGUCUCAUUGUUGUUCAUCAUCAAGCAUCCAAGGUAUUUUUACUUCGUUACUGUUUUGAUGUUGCAUUGGGUGGAGAAGUUAGUGGUGGAGUUACUUCAGUGUUUCCAAUCACAGUUCCAAAGUCUGUACAGCCAUUUUCACUCACAGAACCAGGGGCUGUUCCAACCUCAGCUCAGCCAAUAUCUGUCCCUUGUCAGCUAUAUGCACCUACUUGGGUUGUAUUUCAGCCUGACAUUGUUAUAGAUGCACGACUUGGAUGUAUGUGGCACUUACGUCUUUGUCUGGAAAACUUAGCAAAAGCUGUUGAGGACAAAAGCCAGUUAGUUGACUGCUUAUUACGAAGGCAACAAGCUAAGCCUCUGGUAUUGUCAGUGGUAAGACAAGUUGUGAAGUCAAGACAAUUGGUGUCAUUAGGUCAGAUAUUUGAUAAAAUUAAUGCAUCAUAUCGAAACCAUUUGAAUAGUAUAAUUCAGUCACAGAUGGGCGAGUCUGUUAAUUCUCCUGCUGUGACCAAUAAUCCACCUGAGGCCCAAGGUGUGGUGAUUGAACAAGCUGAAAUGUACAGUGUUGUACUUGCUCCAUUAAUGGAAGAGGCAGAACAAGAAGAAAAUAAAACUAUACAAACUGAUGAAGAAUCUUGUCAAAGAGUCCCACUGAAAGUUGUGGUUGGAGUUGUAGUGGAAUACACAAGAUCUCUAGGUGCUGUUGGAGUAACUGUUCAACAUUUCCUGUAUGAACUGGUUAUAAAUGCACUUGUUAGAACAAGGCAGUUCUAUCAAUUGCAUCAGCUACUUCAGUAUCAUGUACUUGCAGAUUCAAAACCUCUAGCUUGUUUGUUACUCUCUUUGGUUGGUGUAUAUUCGGCUGGCCAGCAGUUAAGUCUAGAUAUGCUUUGCCGACUCAAUACAGCUCAUGAUGAGAUAAUUGAAGUCCUUCUAUCACAACACCAAGUUACUCCAGCACUACGGUAUGCACGAAGUGUUGGCCUAGCAGAAUCGGUUUCAGCCCGUAAAUUUCUUGAGGCAGCCAUGGUAUGUGGAGAUCAUCAAGUUUUCUUUUCAACAUUUACAUUUUUUGUUUUGCGUAACACGAGGCUUCGUGGAAGUGCAGCGUUUGCCAAAGGAGAGCACUGUGAUGUUUAUGUUGAACACUAUAAGAACUUAUUUGGCGAGGUUCCAGACUACAACGUGCAGCAGACGUAAUUUAAUGUUCCAGUUACUCAGUGUCAGGCAAAGUUAGUCUUUUCUUUAGUGAUGUGAUUUUAAUUGGUUUAUUUAAGAGGCAAAGUCCACAGUUGCGUUCUCGUGAUAUAAUGUCAAUAUCUGAAUUUAGAAUCUCUCUGGUAGAGUCUUUCAAGAGCCUGCUCAGCUCCCACCUCUUAAGUUGAGCAUGGAAGUGUAGCCAGGUCCCAGAAGCUCCUGAUUGCCAGAGUUUCAACUUAGAUUUUUAUAUCAUAUCGCAGGUGCAACUGGGAAUUUUAUUUCUCCACUGAAUAAUCUAGUUUUUGUGGAGUAUUAUGCAGUAAGUUUAUUGGUAAUAUUAUAUAUCAUGGUGUAUAUUUACUUGCAGAAGAGACGACUAUAAUACUAAUGGUAUUGUUUAGUCUCUUUGAAGUACAGCAUAGAAUUUUAAUUAGACAUUUGUUGUAAUUUUGAGAAGACAUCCACUGAAGUCUGAGAACAAUGUAUUGUUUUAACUCAGUUGUCAGGUAAAGUUAUUAAAUAAUAGUACUUUCGAAUGGUGGUGUAAUGCCACUUACAUUUCGCCCAUACUUUAGGAUUAUAACUGAAGAAGUGUGAUGUCUUUAUCAAAUUUAAUAUGUACAGAAUGACUACGUACAGAUAUGUACCUCCUAAUGCCAAUAUGUUUACCAAAGGUGUCAGCAUGAAAAAUUAGUAUUUUAACGGCUGAUUUUUAAAUGUAUUUUUGUUAAACUUUAAUCAUAACUUAUAAAUAAAGUGCAUAAUAAAUCA